AUUCUUCCGUGCCUCUAAAUUUAAACUCUAGCCAGCUAUCCAGUCAGCUUGCUAUCGGUAGCUCUUCCUAUCCAGUUACUGUACCUCUGGGAAAGUUGAGCGAGAUAAGCCAAAAGCCAAGAGGAUUGGAGAUUAGGACGCACAUUUACUCAAGCUCUUGGCAGCAACGACCAAAGCACGCAACACAUACCGGUAACACAACGACACAACACAACCACCAAUCAAGUUGACCAUGUCCAACAACGGCAGCCGCCAACAACAAUCCACUGCGACUGGUGGCAACAAUGAACCAGAAGCAACAGAAUCAUGUUCACAGAGCGCAUUUUCGCAGGCCGUGAAAGCGCUUUCCCGAGAUAUGCCAAUUCUGAUGCACGGUUCGGGUGACGUGCCACCGGAUCAAGUCAAUCCAGAUACCGUACAGCUUUUGUCCGAGUUGACGGCUCAGUAUAUUGCCAAUCUAGUUGAUGCGGCCUUGGAUGCACAGCGCCUGUUGACGGGAGGUGAGGCGACAACUCCUCCGCCUCCCUGUUUCCCUCGAAGACGAAAGCCACGUCUACCAUCGCUUCCUCCGCCACCACCGAAAAAGAAAGCAGCUGGCGACGGAGAGAUUGUUUUAAAGAAGAGACCUCGUCGUCCAGAUAUCGAAUACUGGGAUGAACCACUGCCCAUGCCGAAAAUUGUAACAGAACCAGUAGCCAAGAAACCAAAGACAAAGAAAGAUGCUACCGGCAGAGGACCCAAAAGCUACACAAUCAACGACAUUACGGAAGAAGAGGAGAGCAAGAUGGUGCCGGUGGAUAGUUGGGUGGGCGUUGCGGGUGUUGAUCUCUUUGAGCAGUCUCGUUCUCGGGUGGCUCAUGUGCGCGCCCCUGACGCUUUGGGAGUGCAGAACUUUGUCUUUCCAAUCUGCCACGAUGGCUUUUUGUAUGGCAAAGUCAUUCAAAUUCAAGCCUCUCGCCGACAAAUUGCUCCCGUUUUGGUCGUUCCGGAAUUGCUGGACAUUGUGCGAACGGAAGGAGCUUUGGUGAAAAAACACGAACAUGCUCCUCGACGCAAAAAAUCAGAAUCCAAAGCCAAGGACAGCGGUGACGCCGAUGUGCUAGAUGAGGAGCCAGAACAGGAGCUAGAAGAAGAUCCACAGGAUGAAGACGCCGCCUGGCCUGGACUGGAAUAUUUGUUGCCAGUUCACGUGCUCACGGAGGCUACCACCAGUUCCUAGGUAUUGUUGGUUUAUUAAAACUCUGCAUCGUGUUCUAUUCCGAUGAUCAAUUAAUUGGGACCUCCUGUGGCCAGCUAGGCGACAAGUUGAAGGAAGUACAAACCGUACGAGUGGUAUCUGCUAUAGUUGAGUUGUUAUCGUU